GCGGCCGUCGACGUGUUCGCCGAGAUGGGGGUCUCAGCUACCGCUGAGGAUUUCGUGCCGUUCAUGGGGACCGGCGAGGCGAAUUUUUUGGGAGGAGUGGCAUCAGUUAAAGGCGUGACGGGGUUCGAUCCGGAGAAGGCGAAGAAAAGGUUUUUCGAGAUAUACCUCGACAAGUAUGCGAAACCUGAUUCUGGAAUUGGAUUCCCGGGGGCGCUUGAGCUUAUCAUGCAGUGUAAGAAUCGCGGGCUUAAGGUGGCUGUUGCAUCUAGUGCUGAUCGUAUCAAAGUGGAUGCGAAUUUGGCGAAACCUGAUUCUGGAAUUGGAUUCCCGGGGGCGCUUGAGCUU